AAAGUAUUUGUUGAUAAGAACAGUCUGACCAUUCUCAUUUUCUCAUAAAGAUGUCAAUUUUUGGUAUUAUAUUACUUAGCUUAGCAAUAUGUCUAAUCAUCUUUCUUCUGGUUAUUUUUAAAUUCGGACAUGUAAAGUGUGAAAGUAAUGUUUGUUUGAUUGGAAAAGUGGCUUUAGUUACAGGAGGAAGCUCUGGCAUUGGCUAUCAAAUUGUCCUACAGUUGGCUUCAAGAGGUUGCAAAGUUAUUAUAAUCGACAGAAUAAUAAACGAUGAUAUUAAAAAGUCCAUUAUCAAGGAAACCCAUAAUACUAAUAUAAUACUCGAAUAUGCAGAUUUUACUUCGUUUAAGUCUGUAAGAGACGUGGUAGAGAAAAUAAAAUCUUCUGAAGAAAAAUUGGAUAUUUUAAUCAAUAAUGUAGGAAUCGGCAAAGCUCCAGAACAUCCAAGUGAAGAUGGAGUGAAUAUGACGAUGCAAGUCAACCACUACAGUCCGUUUUUACUGACACAUUUACUAUUUGGUUUGCUUAAGAAAUCAUCCGAUGGAAGAAUAGUUUUCACGUCAUCUGUAGCAUCUUUUCUACACACGACAACUAUAGACUCCAUUACUGAAAAUGAAAUAAAGUUAUCAAAAUAUAGAAUGAACGAUUAUACUUGUGGAAAGCUCUGCACCGUUAUAGCUUCUGAUAUAUUCGCAGAAAAGUUAAAGAAAUAUAAUAUUACUUGUAACACAUAUCAUCCUGGAGUUGCUAGAUCAAAUUUUUUCAACAACUGCUACGUAAAUUUAAACCAAUUUAGUUUAACUGACUGGUGGUCGUAUGCAAGUAUUGUUUUUCUUAGAAUUUUCGUAGGAGUGUCUCCUAGACAAGCUUCUCAACCGGCAAUAAUGCUAGCAAUAUCGGAGGAAUUCAAAAAUGUAACUGGUACAUUCCAUGGAAAAUAUUUUCCGGAUCUGAAACCUCUGGGAGCUCACAAUAAAGUUUUCUGUAAAAAGAUCUGGGAUGUAUCUGAGAAGAUUGUUAAGCUAAGCUCAGAAGAAAAAAUAUAAUUAUUUACAAUAAAUUUUAGUUUAAAAUGUUAUCAAUUUAUUACGAGUUUUAGU